AUGUCGGCGAGUCCAUCCAUUGUCCGCGUAGCCAAGACGGCUGCUGCUGCUGCUGCUGCUGCACGUCCUCGGCUCCAAGAGUAUCUCGUGGUGAUCCGCGAUCUCCCACAUGGAGAUCGAACGUCCGUGCCCACCGCGCCGAUCUCCCUGGCUCAUCAGACGUUCGCGGGGCAGAUUCUGCAUGCCCAUCGAGAGGACACGACGACUGCAUCUCAUCGGAAGGCUGCAUCCAAACCUGGGAAUGUGAUUGCCCUCCGUGCGGCCAGUCGUGAGGCGGUUCACGAGCAACUUGCCAAUCACCCGUACGCGCAGGGGAUCUGGGAUCUCAAUACGGUGCGCAUUUGGCCGGUGGAGACGGUUCAUACAAGUGCUUUGGGGUCGAGGGAGGAGGAAAAGUAG